AACGCGCGAAUGCAAUAUUUUGCGCGUCUAAUUGAUUGGACAUGCGCAUGCACGUUGCCCGCAACCCUCGCGGUAACGAAGGAUCUCGCCCCUCGCUCGCACGCGAGCGAGGAAGAACCCCAAAAUCUCUCCCCUCAAGUCCUUUCGUUUUCUGUCGUCUAGAGCCUGUUGUUGCGACGACGCGAAAAGGAGCGAGAUAUUUGCGGGCGCAAUAUUCGCUAACCGACGCAGCUGACAUCCCCAGUAAAUGACAAUGAAAGACUCGGAGUUGAUAGCGCAAGGCGCGGAGGCGCGUCUCUACAAGGGGCUCUACCUGGGAAAAACGUGCCUGAUGAAGGAGAGAUUCGUAAAGAAUUAUCGCCACCCGGAACUGGACGCUCGCCUCACCAAGGACCGCAUCAGGGCCGAGGCUCGCGCCAUUAUCCGGGCGAAAUCCGCAGGAAUAGCGACGCCGGCCUUGUACCUGGUGGACUUGGAGCGACGUAGUAUCUAUAUGGAGUACGUGGAGAACGCCACCGUGCUGAAAGAGUUCAUAGAAAAAAAGAUUUCGGGAAAGGCGGACGCGGAUCGUCUGGUAGAUUUCAUAGGACGCGGGCUGGGGACGCUGAUAGGUAGGCUGCACUCGAGGAACAUUAUUCAUGGUGAUCUCACCACAUCGAAUAUAUUGGUCAAGAACGACUCGAACGAGCCACCUUACGACGACCAAUCCGAUGCAGCUGAGACACAGUUCGUAAUGAUAGACUUCGGACUGGCCCGAGUGGAUUCCACGCUGGAGGACAAGGCCGUCGAUCUGUACGUUCUCGAGCGAUCGCUGCUCAGCGCGCAUUCCGAGGUGCCGACGUUGUUCUCCCGUAUCUUUCAUCACUAUCAACAGCAUUAUCAGAACAAGAACCAAUGCGAGCAAGUGCUCGCUAGGUACAAGCAGGUACAAGAGCGUGGACGUAAGCGCUUGAUGGUAGGCUAAAGCAGCGGAAGCGAAGAUUAUUCUGUCCUGAAGAAGAUACGAAGCGUACAAAUGUAUUUUUUAUAGCAUUACGAGACGCCGAGUUUUGUAUGUAUGAUUAAAUGAAAAUUGUAAAUAGAUACACACGUGACCGAGAACGAAAUAUGUGUAAGUUUGAUCGCCAUUCGAGUGGUUAGAAUUAAGAUACGUAAAACUUGAGAAGGUAAGAAGGUCUUCUUUAUACAGAUAAAUCAUAUUUGUAUGUAACAAUAUCAUGUAACAGUAUACGAGAAGUCAAGUAUACAACGAUAUAUCUAUUGCGAGGGAAUGACUAUUGCAUACGUAUAAUAAAUUUGGCAGCAGCGAUGAAUCCGCGUGGAAAAGCUAUUGCUCUUUAUCCAUGGUGUUGUCUUACAAAUCAGUCAAAAUGCAAUCCCGAAUAUAUGAUGAUCCAGGUCACC